AUGCCUGCAGAGGACGUACCGCACCUUCCACCCGAGCUGCAGACGUUGAUUAGUGAGCUCGCGGCGGAGACCAAUGUCUCGUCUGCGCUGGCCCUUUCCUCCACCUCAAAGAUGCUGUCCGCUUCCGCUGUCAAGUCACUCUUCUCGCACCCCUUCCUGCACACUCUUGGUCAGGUCAAGAGCUUCACAGCUGCUCUGAGGAGAUCACCAGAGCUGAAGCCUUUGGUCAAGAGUCUGGCAAUAGAAGAUCGCUACUUGCACCUCUCCACCAGCAUAGCAGACUAUCCUGAUAGUCAUGACUUUGACAAGCCGGACGAGCGCGAGCCAGCAACCUUUGAGCUGUGCGAGCUCAUCGAAGAUCUCGUCACGUCGCACAAUCUUUCCGCGCUGGCUCUCACCGUCACGGGAGCGCGAAACUUUAUCGACAUCUUCCAACAAGCCUCACCGCCCAAGCAGCCUUUCACACAGCGUCUGGCUCUCGAUAAGCUUGCGCUAACGGGAACGGAUAUCCAAUCCUCAUUUCUUUUCAAAUGGUUCCACUCUCGCCAGCUUAUACUGUACACGUGUGACGACGCCAUGUGGGGCAUGGGUACAUUCAACAACUUUCGUUACAGUACAUGUCCUAGUGAUAGUGACAGUCACCCAGGGCAGAGCGUGUCAGCUCCACUAGAGCUGAUUUAUUGUGUCGGGAACGUGAGCGGCCACGUGGGCGAGGAGGCUGCCGUUCAAGCGCUUCUACCCCUCCACAAAGCGCUUCUAUGCAGGCACACCAACAACAAGGUGGAUCCGCGAUUCGAAAGAGUGGUGCUUCGCAUGCGUCGCAGUCUCGCUUCGGAAGCGCAAGUGCAAGCGACGGUGGAGAAGGGCAAGAAUUUAUUCAACCCGCCCAUCGAAGUAGCAGGAUGGGACACUAAGCACGCAAAGACGCAGAUCGAAGCGGAACAGCUGGAUUUGACAAGCGGUGCAUGGCUCCAUAUCGGCGGAGCGAAAGAUUUGGAGAAGGACGUUGAGCAACUCGGCGACGUGAAGGAUUGGUCUGACGACGACGAAUCACGCAUUACAGAGUAUGACGCAGAAGAUUACGACGAGGGAGGGAACUCGGAGGAUGUACAAAUGGACGCCUUGCGCGACGCUCUGCUUUCGUGA